AUGGCAGACAUCUCGACGUAUUUGCUACUAGUAUUGCGUGGCCUGGAAUUUCUAGCAGAGAAAGAGAUCCGGUCCAAGCUACAGGUGGAAAGUCUCGAGCUAUGUAGCGUCCAGGAAAACCUUCAACCGCCUUAUAUGCAAAUUAUGCAGGGUCAGGCGGCUGUGGGUAAAUUUGUCCUACAGACCAAGUCACUGGCUGCGGAAGUGCAAAAUCUCCGGUCUGUACAAGCGACACUGGCAUUUUUGGCCAAGAGUGACGAGAUUGUUGAAGGAAGCGACGCAGGUGUAGCCCAAAUUGGGCAAUUAGUAUUUGAUGCCGAUUGGGACUCAGCCGUAAAGCUAUGGAAGCAGCAUGUAUUGUAUCCGAUAAAGGACAGCGAGAUUAAAUUUCGAGGAUCGUGUGUCCGUGAUGGCAAGCACAGGUACAAUUCACAAGAGAUUGCGGGCGAAGUUGGUGCAAGAGUGAUUGAAAAGUUUGGGUGGCAAGUGAACCUCACUGAGUUUGAUAUGGAAGUGGUCGUGAUUAUCUUUUACAAAUUCAUGGUUGCCGGUAUUGUCUUGGCGAAUUCACGGGAGAUUCAGUUCCGCAAUCGUAUGGCGAAUGAGACUCGCAGUGCACUUGCUGACACGCAGUAUGUCUCGACGCUACGUCCCAGUACUGCGUACCUUAUGCUGCAGCUCGUGGCGCACAAAUUUGGUGACGUGGUGCUUGAUUCAAUGUGUGGCAUUGGCUCACUUCCGAUCUGUGCUGCUGAUUUCACGAACGAUAAAAUAUUUGCUCUGGGUGGUGAAAUAGAUGAGUUGCCAUCAAGAAAAGCAGGUCUGAACGCACUCACCCGUCCACGCUUCGUGGAUAUUGCACGCUGGGAUAGCACGCGAUUACCUUUGCGAAGCGACAGCAUCGAUCGAAUUAUGAUCGAUAUGCCCUUCGGCCUUCGCUGUGGCACACAACGUCAGAAUAAUAAGAUUUAUCCAAAGAUUUUUCGCGAGCUCUUCCGUAUCCUACGUUCUGAUGGUCGAGCCGUACUUCUGGUGAUGUCCAAGAAGUUGUUUAAAGGUGCUGUUAAGGACCUUCCUUUCCGCAUUGUGGCCGAGCACAGUGUAUGCAUUGGUGGUCUAGGAGGCGGCAUUUAUGUUAUCGAGCCUAUCAAAAUCUCCACUUUUGUUUGUUGA